AUGUCUUUGGCAAGUAAUUAUCAUGCUCACAAACCUAAUGUACCAAUUAUUAUGGAAGACGUGUUUGGAUGGGUGCGAGAGGGUAACACAUUUCAAGUGCGAGUAUGGCUUGAUGAUACGGAGCACGACCUUAAUAUUGGUGAUGAUCACGCUUUUUCAUUGCUUCACUGGGCAUCUAAAGAAGGCCAUCUUACAAUUGUUGAAUUAUUGCUUUCACGUGGAGCGCGUGUAAAUGCUACAAAUAUGGGUGACGACACAAGUUUACAUCUCUCUGCCGCUCAUGGCCAUCGUGAUAUUGUCGUUGUUCCUGAAGACAACCGUUAUCAUAAUAAUAGUGCAUUACUUAUGUUUCUUUUAUUUGCUUUCUUUAUCUUGCGCAAAAUUACUUUUGAUGAUUUUCAGAAGUUACUGAAUCGAAAAGCAGAUGUGAAUGUCGUAAAUGAACAUGGAAUGACACCUCUUCAUUAUGCAUGCUUUUGGGGUUAUGUUCAGAUCUGUGAGGACCUUAUCCGAAGUGGAGCUUUAGUAGGAUCCUGCAAUAAGAAAGGACAAACUCCACUUGAUGUCUGUCAGCCACAAGUUCGAAAUGCAAUAAUGGAGAUUGCACAUCAACACGGACAAAAUGUCAAUGAAAGGAUACCAUUUAAAGAUCAGACUUGGAAAGGUACGAAAACCCGGACAAGAGAUGCCACACUUUCUAGGUAUACGGGUGUCGAUAUUUCGUCUCUGAGCUUAUCAGUAAAAAUAGCUGAAUCUCACAGCGGUGAACUGUGGCGUGGAAAAUGGCAAGGAAACGAUGUUGUUGCUCGAAUUUUGGCGCUAUCUGAAGUAACUUCUCGUAUAAGUCGUGACUUUCAAGCUGAGUUUCCAUCAUUAAGGAUAUUUGCUCAUUCAAAUGUAUGUCCUGUGCUUGCGUGUUGCAAUCAACCUCCAAAUCUCGUAGUUAUUAGUCAACUAAUGUCAUUUGGAUCUCUUUACAAUGUACUUCAUGAACAGACAGCGAUUGUUAUCGAUCAAGCACAAGCGACCAAAUUUGCUCUGGACAUAGCUCGUGGCAUGUCAUUUCUUCAUUCGCUAGAUCCGAUGAUUUUAAGAUACUACUUGAGUUCAAAGCAUGUUGUAGUUGACGAAGAUCUUGUGGCAAAAAUAUCAAUGGCGGAUACGAAAUUCAGUUUUCAGGAAAUUGGACGAUUGUACUCCCCAGCAUGGAUGUCACCAGAAGCACUUAAGCAUGCACCAACGGAUUUGAAUGUUCGCGCAGCUGAUAUGUGGAGCUUCGGUAUAUUGUUAUGGGAACUGAAUACAAGAGAAGUGCCAUUCUCAGAUCUUUCUCCAAUGGAAGUUGGAAUAAAGGUUGCGCUAGAGGGACUUCGUGUACCAUUUCCACCAGGAAUAUCACGAAACAUGGGGCGCUUGAUGAACAUUUGUUUGAAUGAAGAUCCUGGUCGACGGCCGAAUUUCGAUCAGAUAAUACCAAUAUUAGAAAAAAUGGUGCACUCCUAA